GGAGAGGAGCGAGGGGAGGGCCGGGCCGCCGGGGGUCGGGGGGGUGGGGCUUGGGCCGGCAUUGGGGGUCCCGGCUCCCGGCCUGGACUCCGACGGGGGUGGGCUGCGGCUCCCUGCCAAGACGGGGCGGGAUCCAGGUUAACAGGGAAAUCAGCCUCCUGGGCCAUGCUGGUUCUAAGAAUCUUUUCUUCCUGCAAGCCCCCCAGUGGAAGAGCGUCGCGGAUGCCUUCCCCUCCCUGAGCAAGAGAUGGGCUAGUGCCUGGGAUCUGGCCAUCAGCAGACUCUGGGCUUAACCCUCCAACUGAAUGAAGGGAUGUAACAGACCCCUGGGAGUGACACUAAAGUCUCCAGGGGGGGGAGGGGUUUGGACGUACCCCUUCCCCCCCAGACUCCUCCCCCGAAGAGUCCAGUGAGCCAUGGACUUUGGAUCUGGAUAAGAGGAGACAGGCUGCACGUUGGAGUCUCACUUGGAAAUGGAGUGUUGGAUGGGGGCUUGACACUCCUGGGGAACAACUGAGAGAAGAGAAGAAAGGUGCAUGGCUGCUUCUUGACCCCACAGCCCAGAGGCAGCCUCUCUGAGCCCAGGGGCAGCCCCAGCCCUGCCCUGCCGCCUCCCCUGCGGGGGCCAGGAUGCUGAAGAAGCAGUCUGCAGGGCUUGUGCUGUGGGGCGCCAUCCUCUUCGUGGCCUGGAACGCCCUGCUGCUGCUCUUCUUCUGGACGCGCCCGCUGCCCAGCCGCCUGCCCCCGGACAGCACCCUGGGUGACGACCCAGCCAGCCUCACCCGCGACGUGAUCAGCCUGGUGGAGGUGGCCGAGGCCGAGCUGGAGCGGCAGCGGGAGCUGCUGCAGCAGAUCCGGGACCACCAUGCGCGCCGCAGCCAGCGCUGGAGGGGGCCCACGGUGGCCCCGCCCGCCCCCGCCACCCCUCCCUCGGCCGUGAUCCCCAUCCUGGUCAUCGCCUGUGACCGCAGCACGGUCCGCCGCUGCCUGGACAAGCUGCUGCACUACCGGCCUUCUGCCGAGCGCUUCCCCAUCAUCGUCAGCCAGGACUGCGGCCACGAGGAGACGGCGCGGGUCAUCGCCUCGUACGGGAGCGCCGUCACGCACCUGCAGCAGCCGGACCUGAGUGCCAUCGCCGUGCCGCCCGACCACCGCAAGUUCCAGGGCUACUACAAGAUCGCGCGCCACUACCGCUGGGCGCUCGGCCAAGUGUUCCGCGCCUUCCAGUUCCGUGCCGCCGUGGUGGUGGAGGACGACCUGGAGGUGGCGCCCGACUUCUUCGAGUACUUCCAGGCCACCUACCCGCUGCUGCGCGCCGACCCCUCGCUGUGGUGCGUGUCGGCCUGGAACGACAACGGCAAGGAGCAGAUGGUGGACGCGGCCAGGCCCGAGCUGCUGUACCGCACCGACUUCUUCCCCGGGCUGGGCUGGCUGCUGCUGGCCGAGCUCUGGGCCGAGCUGGAGCCCAAGUGGCCACGGGCCUUCUGGGACGACUGGAUGCGGCGGCCCGAGCAGCGCCAGGGCCGGGCCUGCCUGCGGCCGGAGAUCUCCAGGACCAUGACCUUCGGCCGCAAGGGCGUGAGCCACGGCCAGUUCUUCGACCAGCACCUCAAGUUCAUCAAGCUGAACCAGAACUUCGUGCCCUUCACCCAGCUGGACCUGUCCUACCUGCGGCGGGAGGCCUACGACCGCGACUUCUUGGCACGGGUCUAUGCAGCCCCGCUGCUGCAGGUGGAGAAGGUGCGGACCAGUGAGCGGCAGGAGCUGGGUGAGGUGCGGGUGCAGUACACCAGCAGGGACAGCUUUAAGGCCUUCGCCAAGGCCCUGGGAGUCAUGGACGACCUCAAGUCCGGGGUGCCUAGGGCCGGCUACCGGGGCAUCGUCAGCUUCCUCUUCCGGGGCCGCCGGGUCCACCUGGCACCGCCUCAGUCCUGGGAAGGCUAUGACCCCAGCUGGAAUUAGCCGCCUGCCUGCCUGGGUUGUUUUCUCUGCGUUUCUCCCCGGAGUCCAUUUCCAUUCUUUUCCAUAUUCUUUCUUUUCUUUUUUUUUAAAGUGGCAUUCAAGUGCACAGGAUAGGCAAAGAUUAUCCUCUUGUUCUCGAGGGGGUCAAAUCAGGUGAAGCAUUGAGGGUGCUAAGCAGGAAACCACUGUGUGGUGAGGGGAGGCCUGGGCUUGUAGGAGCCACAGAUCUGGGCUCCAGGUUUUAUCCUGGGGCAUCUGCAGAGAGGUUGGCAGCUUCUGCCAUCUUGGACAGGCCCCCUCCCCCUAGUCCUGGCUCUUCUGCCCAGGUAGGAGUUCUCCUCUUGUCUGUUCUCCUUCCCUGCCUCCCCCAGUUUGGUGGGGGUCUGGCCUCUGUGAGAAGGGAACAUGUAUGUAUGUGGCCAAAUGAGACUAACCAAAGGGGUCCAUCAUCAGGGUCGGGGCAAAGCUGCUAGGUAGUCAGGGACUGCUGCCGCCUGCCGGAGUUUCUCUUCCCCUCCCCUGCUCCUGACCCCUUCUCAUCUCUUUCCCAGCUGUUGAUUCUAAGAUGUAAAGUUGGGGGUGGGGGGGGGGGAAUCAAGGCCAUCAGCAUGGGAUGAGGGAAACCUCGGGAUUCUGGGGCAUACCUCUCUGAUCACGCCUCAGAGAAACUGCCUCUCUAGCGUCCAUCCAGGAGAGCCCUUCACUGGCUGGGUGGAAGAGCUUAACUUUCCUUGCUCCUUUUCGGCUGGGGCUUGGUGCUCAGGCUCUUCCCCCAGGGCCCUCUUAGCUGGAGGUAGAGCAGCCAAGACCCCACUGCCCAGUCCUCCCCACUUCCACCCCCCGGCAGUUACAUCUGCACAGAGUAGGGUGCAGAUCGCGGCUUGUAGAGCAAUGCGUGUAUGUCUUGUUCCUUGCCUGACUUCAGUUCAUGGAAGAAAGAUGAAGUUACAAAAUUAUUUUCAAAAAUAAAGUAAAGGCUGAAUUGUCUGAA